ACAUGCACAGGUCACAUGCACUGUAGGGUUCUCAUUCAAGUACAGCCAUCACCAGUGCUGGCGCUAAAAGCUUUUGCCUCCAUCAACAAAAGAAUAAAAGAGAAUAACCCUUUUGCUUGUUAAACUCUCUUCUCGUACCUCCCUCCCAACGAGAGCAAGAGCCCUCUCUGUUUUUCAUUCUUUACCUCUGCAAGGUGGGACGUCGAGAGAGAGAAAAGUUUCCAGAAGCAAGUUCCCCUGGUGCUGCCCCGUUAUCUCAGCUCAAGAUGUACAGCUUCAUGGGUGGGGGUUUGUUAUGUGCCAUCGUCGGUAACAUCCUGCUGGUGGUCUCCACGGCCACCGACUACUGGAUGCAGUAUCGUCUGUCUGGAAACUAUGCCCACCAGGGUCUCUGGAGGUACUGCAUGUCCAACAAGUGCUACAUGCAGACUGACAGCAUAGGCUACUGGAAUGCCACCAGGGCCUUCAUGAUUCUGUCAGGAAUGUCCUGCUUUGCAGGCAUUAUCGCCAGCAUCAUGUCAUUUUCACAUUUCUCCUCCUUUGAAAGAUUCAACCGCUCCUUUGCUGCAGGAAUCAUGUUUUUUAUCUCCACUUUCUUUGUACUACUGGCUAUGGCCAUCUACACUGGUGUGACGGUGAACUUCCUAGGAAAGCGCUUUGGUGACUGGCGUUUCUCCUGGUCAUACAUCUUGGGCUGGGUGGCCAUGCUCAUGACAUUCUUUGCAGGUAUUUUCUACAUAUGCGCCUACAGAAUAUAUGAGGGCAGGAGAGGAACUAGUCCACGCUAGAUGUCUGCAGAAAUCAAAGGACACUCUUUGUUUGGAUCAACAAGCAGACAGCAUCAAGGCACACCCAAUAAAGACACAACAUCCAAUGGAGAUACUUUGAUGCUCUGCUUGACUUG